AUGGGCAUACACAGAUAUCCAAAAAUCAUGUGUGGCAUGCUAGGAAUGCCAACUUAUCGUUCAACCUCAACAGCCAGUGAUGUACCAAAAGGCUGUAUCACCGUAUAUGUUGGUGAAUGCACAAAGACAAACAAGAGAUUUAUAGUUCCAUUAGCAUAUCUUAAACAUCCUUCAUUUCAGACGUUGCUUAAACUGUCGGAAGAAGAGUUUGGCUAUGUGCACCCUAUGGGAGGUAUAACGCUCCCAUGCAAAGAAGAAACCUUCAUUGAAGUCACCCAUGAUAUAGCAGAAUUUGUUGAUAGAAGAUGA